CUGGUCCAGAAAAUAAGCAUAGGGGAUUUCUUUCAAUGUGAAUACUAAUUCACUGUCACUAUAUAAAGGACUGGCAGUUUACCACAUGCGUUCACUCUCCCUGUCUCUCAUGUGGUGUGUCAACCUGGAGAAUGAAGACCUUCAUGAAGACUUCAUUACUGUUUCUAAUGCUGUGCUGUACUCUGCAACUUACCUCAGCUGGCACAAUGUCAGAUGAGUUGGCAAACAGUGUCUGCUGCUUUAAUGAAUCCAGUCGAAUACCUCUGAAAGUGCUGGAGUCUUAUUUCUGGACAAGUAGUAUUUGCCCCCUCAAAUUCAUUGUGUUCGUAACAAUUAAGAAUAAACAAUUCUGUGGAAACCCUAAAAGUGCCUGGGUCAAGCGGGCCAUGACGCACAUAGACAAGAAAAGUGCUUCAAAUUCAGCAAAAUGAAACUUGAAAGAUAUUGUCUACACAGAUACACCCCCACCUCACAUAUGAUUAGAAUUGUUAAAGAAACAUUUCAGAGUGUUAUUAUUGUCAUGUAAAUCAUUCAACUAUUAUUUGCCUUGUCUAUUAUCUAAGUAUGUGCCUUUUACCAUUUACCAGCUUAAUGACUAUUCAGUUUAGAUUACUUUACCGUUUUAUUGGAUUUUGUGUCAAGUAGCAAUUUUUGUGUAAAUAGUAUUUACUUAUGUUUUAAUACAAUAUGUAUAUAUUUUUUUAAUAAGUCUUUUGAUUUAUUUAUUUCCAUUGAUGCACAAUAUUGUUUCCAAGUAAAUUUUCUAAAAAGCCUCUUGCAAAUAUUAUUGUUUAAAUUGUAUUUGUUAAAACUAAAAAAUGAACAAAAG